AUGGUCAUUUUGGUUCGUCGUCGAUUAGCACGUCUUGCUCGAUACAGUCUAACUGCCAUUUUUCUAUCCUUGCUCUUGACUGCAAUCAUCACCAUCUCUUACUUAAAUAUCUCCUAUCUAUGUAGAAUAGGCAAAAAUAAUUUAGAUGCCGACUUUAAUGUGCCUGCCGAAAUUAAUGUGGCACUAGAAUACAGAGGGGUUGAAACCCAUUCAAUGAUGAUAAGUUAUGCAACCUUAAUCAUUGUCGAUUUAGAAAGAACAUCUUCGCUAGGCUAUGUCGCUAAACCCACUCGACCCACUAGUGUAAAAAUUGCUCUAAAAGAAGACGGCUUCUCUAACGAAAAUUCAAACCCAAUUAAUCAAGAAGAUGAAAAUACUGUCCAACAAGGAGCAUCAAAAGAAAAACAUGAAGAACAUCAUCGAAAUAUCAAUGAAUUCAAGCGCAACGAUGAUAUUGUGAUUAAAGCCAAUAGUAAUCAAGGAAUCAAGAAUACGAGAACUGGAAGCAAAAACAAAAAUAGCUUAGGUCUACCAAGCCCCUCAGACUACAAUCAAUUGAAAUCAUUUGUUUUAUUCUGUGGAUUUCCAAGAUCAGGACAAAGCUUAGUUGGAGCUAUUAUGGAUGCCCACCCGCACAUGACUAUAGCUCAUGACUUUAAUAUUCUUGGCGGAUGGUCGAAAAACUUAAGCUGGAGAAAUGAUAAGAAAGAUCUAUACCGUGCUUUAUACGAAAGAUCGCGAGAUCGAAAUGGCAAUCGAAAGAAAUUAGCUGGUAAUCGUCGAAAUUUCUUCGUUCCAAAGUUGUACCAAGGUACUUUCCAAGAUUAUAUUCAGAUUAUAGGUGAUAUGAGUGGACAACGUUUAACCCAGGCUUAUGUUAAAGAUUUUAAUAAAGCAAAAAGAAAUGUUGACAGUAUCCGUCAUUUUAUUGGUAUGCCCAUUAAAUUCAUCAUGGUGUUGAGAAAUCCAUUUGAUACUAUAGCUACUCAAGUUCUACGGACUUUAAAAGCCAAAGCCAGAAAAAAAGCUAGCAAAAUGCAAGAUACUAAUUUAAGUGAAGCUGAUCAGGUUAAUCUGACCAAAGUGUUAUUAAAUAAAAGAAUACGAGCAUACCUCAAAGCAGUGGAAGCGAACAAAAAAAUUUACCGUAUGUACAAGAAUCAAACCUUAAUAUUAUACCUCAAUGAAAUUGUAAAUUCACCUGACACGGAAAUAACGAAAAUCUGUAAUUUUUUGGGUAUCCAAUGUUCCAAGAAAUAUAUAAGCUUAUGUUCCGAUAUAGUUAACGAACAACAGUCAAUUACCCGUAAACAAAUUCAAUGGACCGAACAUCAAAAGGACAUGAUUUUAAAUAAAAUUAGCAAGACCAAAUGGCUACGAAAAUUUAAAUUCAUCGAUACGUAA